AUGCAGAGUAUACGGACCAAUGGUCGAAAAGCACCACGUGUCCUGCUGAUCCUCAGGCAACCCCACGGAAUCCGGCUGUUCAAGAUGGUUGUCAUGCGCCAGUACCAGGUGGUCGGCCGCAAGGCCGUCACGGAGAAGGAGCCGAACCCGCCCGUGUACCGGAUGAAGGUGUUCGCGCCGAACGAGGUGACCGGCGCCUCUCAGUUCUGGUACCUGAUGCACCAGAUGCGUAAGAUGAAAAAGACCACCGGGGAGAUCCUCGACAUCGUGGAGCUGACGGAGAAGAACUCUCGCAUCAUCAAGAACUACGGCAUCUGGCUCCGUUACGACUCCCGCUCCGGCACGCACAACAUGUACCGCGAGUACAGGGACCUCACCCUGACUGGCGCCGUGGACCAGAUGUACUCGCAGAUGGCCGGCCGACACCGGUGCCGCCCUCGCUCCAUCCAGAUCAUCCGCACGGGCAUCGUUGCGGCGAAGGACACCAAGCGCCCGGACGUGAAGCAGUUCCACAGCGCGAAGAUCAAGUUCCCCCUAACUCACCGCCUCCCGCGCGCGCCGAAGAAGAAGUUCAGGACUACCUUCAAGGCAUCGCGUCCCACCACCUUCUUGGGCUAAGCGUAGACCGCAGCAGCUCCACGGACUCUGAAGUUUUGACAAAAAGGAUGUCGGGUUUGGGGAAGGGGAGAGGGAGACCCUGUUCGUCCGUCUGCUUUAGAUGACACGCGCGUGUCACCGCGACCGAGGCAAUCGGUGGUUUGUGGAUACACCGGUCCUCGUUGUUUUUGCGGCGGCGGAUAUCGGCGCUGUGUCGUGGAUGGGUCUCGGUCAUUGUCAUUGGCAGCAGGAUCUAAAAAAAAUAAACAGAAAAAUGCCCAAGCGUGCUGAGGUCUGUGGUAGUUGACAGCAAUGAGCAAACAUGUUUGCUCUCGAUCACACUGCAAAAGAGAGGAGCACGCGGUGGAAGACUUGAGUGCGCAGAGAGAGCGUGCUGUGCAAGGAGUUGCCUCAAUGUCGGCAUGAACUGGCUCUGUGCCGGCAUCUCCCCCGCUCUCUCUUUUUGACAUCUACAUUUUUCCCGUGUUGUGUGCUCAAUGGUGUUGAAAAACCUGAUGCGUCGCGCCAGGGCUGGGAGCACUUGCUGUGCGGCCCGUGCGAUGGCGCUAGCUCAAUGAUGGGCUUCGGGGGGAAGUAAUUAAGGGCCGUCGCCGGGUACCCGGCGAGUGUUAUUUUGUGUACAUCGAAAACCACCUUUAUCAUACACACCCGCUUGCACGCGCCAUCACAGAAGCACAUCGGCC